UGUCGUAGUAUGCGCACUGACUUUAACCCUCCCCCUUAACAAAGUCAAAUUACCAUUGGCUUUCAUGUCACAGCGUCACUGAGAAAGCCUGGCGCUGAGAUAGAGCUCAAUUUUGGGACUGUCUAUCCACACGCAAACCAACAUACCGCGCUUGUCUUGAUUACAGCUGCGGCGUAUUACCAGUUCCUUCAUAUUUGAAUGAUUCAUCUUUCUAUUUCUUGUCAGUCAACGUGUAUUUCUGAGGGUCACAGAAUUCACCUGGGCAUUUUUUUGUGUUGAGAAGUUUGCUGUUCUAUUGCAACAUAUUUUUAUCUUAAUUUAUCUUCCUCUGUAUUUUUUGUGAUGAAAUUAACUUGAACGUAUAGAACAGCAAAUAUAACUUCUGUCAAGGAAAUAUAUUUAUCACCUCUCUCCAAACGGACUGCGAAGCAAUGAUGAACAAGAACGGGAUGGUGACAAAAAUUCACACGAGAAUUAGGACCGAUCCUUUCACGAGCAAUUAUGAGUUGCUUGGCAGAGAAUUGGGCAGGGGAAAGUUCGCUGUGGUGAAGAAGUGCAUUGAAAAGGCGACAGGGACGGAGCACGCUGCCAAGUUCUUGAGGAAGCGUCGGAAGGGCGAGGACUGCCGCAUGGACAUCCUCAACGAGAUCGCUGUUCUGGAGUCAGCCAAGGCUAACCCUUAUGUGGUGGCGCUGCAUGAGGUCUACGAGACCAACUCUGAGAUCAUCCUCAUCCUCGAGUGUGCUGCCGGUGGAGAGAUCUUCAACCAGUGUGUUGCGGAGAACGACGAGGCCUUCACAGAGAAGGAUGUGAUCAGGUUGGCCAGACAGAUCCUCACCGGCGUGGCCUGUCUGCACAGCAACAAUGUGGUCCACUUGGACCUGAAGCCCCAGAACAUCCUGCUGACCAGUGCCAUCCCACUGGGUGAUAUCCGCAUCGUGGACUUUGGCCUGUCCAGAAGCAUGGACAGUGUGACAGAAGUCCGAGAGAUCCUGGGCACCCCGGAGUAUGUGGCUCCAGAGAUCCUGAACUAUGAACCCAUCAGCAUAGCGACAGACAUGUGGUCCAUAGGGGUCCUGACCUACGUCAUGCUGACGGGCGAGUCUCCGUUCCUGGGGGACAACAAGCAGGAGACCUUCCUGAACAUCUCCCAGGUCAAUGUGGACUACUCCCAGGAUGCCUUCGAGGGCGUCUCCUCCCUCGCCAUUGACUUCAUCAAGACCCUGCUGCUCAAAAACCCCAGGAAGAGAGCCACUGCAGCGGAGUGCCUUAACCACCCCUGGCUGACUGGACCAGCUGACCUCUACACCCAGCUCCACGCCAGCUCUCUACCCUCAUUGGACGAGCCUGAGACCAGCCAAUCAGAGUCUGAGCCUGAGAGCCCGGCACCCUCCCCAGAGCUGGAGAGCAUGGGUUCGUACCUGAUAUGCCCCGGUCAGGUAGACCUGAAGACAGGCCGCAAUGCCUUUUCCUUCACUUCUGAGCCCUUCCCCGCACUGCCAGAGAUCCAACAGGAGCUCAUCUACUGAGGAAGGGCUCCACUAGACACUGUGUGUAGUGACUGACUGGACUGCUGUCACAGAAUGGACACUGUCUGGAAGCCAGUGAGACCUGGUCUGGUCCGAUGCAGGGCCUCCAGCUCUGUUAGACUCUGUAUGUGUGCUGCUGCUACUGCUGCGAUGGAUGUGAUAUCUGUCUGAGCUCAGCUGACCGUGUGCAGUAAAUCCAUGCGUGUUUGAUGCAUGUUACCCUGUGCUGAUAGUGUGCUGAUGCGUGGCGUCUGGUGAUGAGCCACACUGACACUUUAAUGCAUGUGUAGCGAGGGUACUGUAACUGUAUGAGUGCUGUGAAUGGAAGGAGUGGGCCAGUUCUUUGUGCUCGGCUAUGAAGACUAGAAAAGUGGGACUGACUUCAUCCAUCACUUGGUCUGGUCUGCAAUCUCAGUGAAGGAAGUCCUGCUUUGUCCCAAGCUGGGUUGAUCCCUUGUUGGCUCUCACCUUGGCUGCCCUUCAUGUUCCACUCCCUCACCGACCUUUGAACCAGGACUUUGCCUCUCCUUUGUGAGGAUGUAACUGCUGAGAGGAAAUGACGUUGGCCAACAGGAAGUUGGAACCACUUUGCUUUUUGUUGAGGUCUGAACCUUAUAUGCCUUUCAUGAUGAUGUUGAUUAUGAAGGAUGCCAAUGUGGUGAGACAGAUGUCCCUAGAUGAGAUGCUGCCUACGCAUCAAAGGAAAACUGACUGACUGUGUUAGGGGAGUGCCCUCACAGAAACCAGGCAGAAGGGUUACAUAGUCUUCUCUGAUUUUGUUUGUGUUCAUAUGACCACUUCAGGCCUCCAAACAUAGAAAGCCAUCUCAAUCACAUCUAAUUAAAUCACAUCCUUUGUUUAGUGUAAGGACAAUCUUGGUGUCAAUUUAAAGCACUUUUUAUUUUAAAAAUGAACUACACAAAUGAUCAAAGUAUUAACCAAAGUCUUGAUGAAAUGGCUCAAAAAGCACAGUUUAGUUGAAUGAUUAAUUAAGACACAAAUGUACAUGGCCACUUCCCACCAUCUGUUGUUAAUAUAUUUGCAUCACCCGUUUCCACCAAGUGCCAUAUAGUUCACCUGUUGAUGUUUCUGUUAAUUCUUGUGAGAUUUUUGUUGUUGCUAUUGUUGCACAAUUUCCAUGUACUCAUGUUUGAAAUAUCAGUUUGCCAUAUUGGAUAUGUCACAAUAUAUUUCCCUUCAGGCUUUGUGAACAGAUGUCUUUUUGAAAGGAAGUGACUAGGAUUCAAUGAUGUCAUAAUUUUGAAUUGUGGCGUUGAAUGACAGUUCAAUGAAUUGCAACCAAUUGAAAGGCUUUGAAGAAAGCUCCUUUGGAUAUGUGGUGUUUGAGAGUGAAGAGAAAUUACUCUUGAGGACUUCUCAAAAAUUACUGAAGUGUGUAUUGUUUGAUAGUGUAAGAAUAAUCUGUAAAAUAUUUUAAGAUCCAUAAUGUAUGAACAUUUUAAUAAUUAUUGUAUGCCUCUUUUUUUUCUUUUUUUCUUUUCUUUUUUUAAAAUCUCGACUCUGUACUUGUGACUUUCAUUCCUGGUUACUGCUCAUGAAUUUCAGGCAGGUUUGCACUUGUGUCCAGGUGGACGUUACAUUGAAAUUAAUAAAUGUUGAUGGCAUUCCUCGCAAAAAUGUAUCGAACAAUAAAUGUACAUUUUGUAUUAAACUAUUCAUAUUGAUGAAUUUA